CACGGUCGGUUGAGCCCUCAGAGGUCCAUAGAAAUUUGACAGCUUCACAGGUGAGACAACCGUCCAGAGGCUGUUUCACUUUACAUUUCAGUUUUUUUUCCCGGAGCACCAUUCACUGUGAGCCUGGGGUUGACACAGUCAAAAAACAACCAUUCGAAGUCAAAUCAUUCCGGCAGCAUGAGCAAAAAGAAAAAGGACUGGAAGACUGAAAAAGAUAGACUGCUCCGUCUAGAUUGGGAGGAGAGACGCAAGGAGUAUCGUCGUCAAGACUUUAUACCUCUGGACAAGAUUCCAACCUGGAGAGAGGAUAAUCAAUCCAAUGAGAAGGAAGAAGGGAAGGAGCUGACAGGUGGAGGAGGGCUGACUGACAAAGUAUCUCUCUACAAAGGAGAUAUUACUGUCUUGGAGGUGGAUGCCAUAGUCAAUGCUGCAAACUCCAGUCUUCUGGGAGGUGGGGGAGUCGAUGGCUGCAUACACAAAGCGGCGGGGUCCUGUCUGUAUGAUGAGUGCCACUCACUAAAUGGCUGUGAAACCGGCAAAGCCAAGAUCACCUGCGGCUAUGAUCUCCCUGCAAGAUAUGUGAUCCACACCGUGGGCCCGGUGGCCAGAGGUCAUGUGGGCCCUACCGAGACCAACGACCUCACCUCCUGCUACCAGAACUCCCUCAGGCUGAUGAAGGAACAUGGCUUGAACACUGUGGCCUUUCCUUGUAUAUCCACAGGCAUCUAUGGCUUUCCCAAUGAGCCUGCAGCUGAAAUCGCCCUGAACACAGUAAAGAGCUGGAUCGAAGAGAAUCAUGAUAAGAACAUACGGGUCAUUUUCUGUGUCUUCCUCGAGACUGACUUUGCCAUCUACAAGAAGAAAAUGUCUGUCAUGUUCCAAGACAAUGACAUGGAGGUUACAGACGAGCAGCUGAAGGGAGAUAACACACCUCCGUCUGUGAAAUCCACAACCAAGGAAGAAAGUGAAGAGAGCAACAGAGGUAAAGAGGAAACAGGUGAUGAAGAAGAGGGUGACAAUGAUGCUGUGGAGAAUGAAGACGUGGAGAUGGCGAGUCAAAACCCAGAAUGUCCAGAAGAAAUUGCAGGAAACGAGGAGCCGAAUGAAGAAAACAAUGACGAAGAGAAUGCAGACCAGGACGCGGAUGAAGAGAUGUGUGUGGACGAGGACAGCGACAAAAAGGAAGACAAAGGUGUCGACAACGAUAAAGAAAAAGAGAAGGAGAAGGAUAAAGAGGAAGACAAAGCAGACGAAGAGCAGCCUGCUGCCCCGAAGAGAGAAGACGACAACGACACGGCGAAGUCCACUGAGGAGAUGGAGGGUGACCCUGAGGUCAACAACACUGGCACCAGCAAUGGAGAAGAGAUGAAAGAUCUCGUCGAGGGCUCAGAAGAACCUGAUUCAAUUCCAACCGACAGCAUUCAGUCCAAAGACACUGUUGAGAAGAAAGAAUGACCAGCUGAGGGAAGGACAGUCGACCUCAUCUGACAGCCAGCAAACUGUGCGAAGCCAACCACACUGGUGUCAGACUGGCCCAUGUCAGUAUGGGCUCUGACACUGGCCCAGGACAACCAGUAACUCACAAGAUGCUCACAUUCCCUACUUUAUUUAGCCUUUCCCCCCUCUACAUUAAGAAUCUACUCAUCCCUGAAGUAUGUAUGUACUGUAUGUAUAUGUAUGUAUGUACAAAACCUUACUAUAGGACUUGAACAUAUCAACCAGAAAAGAUGAGCCAUACCUCACUGUGUGUUAGAGUCAUACAUCAUUUCUGCCAGCUGGGUGUGCCGAGAUGAACCGAGUCUCUUUAUUUGAUCUAUACUGUGAGAGCAUGGUGAAGCUGUCAGAGGACAACAGCCACAGCUCCUGCUCAUGUUGACACUCCAGGUUGGGUUGAUGCUUAACAUCUGCCAUCCUUUUUGUUCUUGCGACCGAAACAACCGCCGCCGCAGUCAUGAUGACAUUCAACUGUGGUCUAGCUGACAACACCCUGCAUUGCAUCGCAAGGCCUCUUUGGAGUGCGACACACUGACACCUGCCAUGUCUCCUCUCACGCACACACACGCGCGCGCACACACACACACACACACACACUCUGCAGCACCAUUGUUUAGUCAAAUCAGCCAAUACCUUGAUUCGGAGGCGAUCACAUCCGCUGCUGCUGUGACCGCAGCUUAACUCGUAACGCCAGAGAAACUGUUCAUCAAUGCCCGCGUGCACUAAAACAGGAUGUGAGUGUCUUUUAAUAAAUUGGUUAGUUCUUUCGCUCCCCCUUUUUCUUUUUCGUUGCCGUUUCCAGUGCAUGCCAGAAAAAUUGCUUUGAACCUCACCAACAGGAAUAACAGUCCUCUUCGCUUUCGCUUGUCUCCUUACCAGAUUGUCUCUAAUUGUAUUGAAGGAAUCUGCCUUAUUUCAUAUCAGACUACAGAAAUCACGAUCACAGACCUAAGGAGGUGGUCCAAGUAUGAAUUCUUGGUUGUGUUUUGCUUGCGGAUGAUUUGUAACUUUAAAGUACAUUAUGUAAUGGCUAAUACCUGUUGUUAAUGGUUUUCUUGUUUUCUCCUCGGUUGAUUUAAAAACAAAAAAAAGGGUUUUGGCUUCUUUUUAAAUGUUGAGAUGAUCAUUAAUUAUUUUCAGUGGUGCCAUACUAAAGAUCAGAUGAAUUAAAGUUCUAUGAAAUGAUGCCUUCAUACUUUGAUGUUUGCUUUGCUAAACUAUAACAGAAGCAACUAAUAAAGAUUAAGGUGGAAGCCAUGUCUCAGCUUUUAA